AAGCGGCGGACGGGCGGGCGCCUCGCGGUUUGAAUGGCUACGGGCCCGAGCCCGCAGCUCACCUGAGGACUGGCCGCCCAAGAGUGCGCCAUGCCAUCUGGAGGCGACCUGUCGCCGCCGCCCUCGCCGCCCCCUCCGGAGGCGGCAGGCCCCGAGGAAGAGGAGGAGGAGGACGAUGACGACGGGGAGGCGGAGGACUCCGCGCAGCCGACGCGGACGCCGACUCCGCAGACCCAGCAGCGGUUCGACGAGCUGUGCUGCCGCCUCAACAUGGACGAGGCGGCGCGGGCGGAGGCCUGGGACAGCUACCGGAGCAUGAGCGAGAGCUACACGCUGGAGGGGAAUGAUCUGCAUUGGUUGGCAUGUGCCUUAUAUGUGGCUUGCAGAAAAUCUGUGCCAACUGUAAGCAAAGGGACAGCUGAAGGAAACUAUGUGUCUUUAACUAGACUCCUGCGAUGCUCAGAGCAGAGCUUGAUUGAAUUUUUUAACAAGAUGAAGAAGUGGGAAGAGAUGGCAAAUCUACCCCAAGAUUUCAGAGAACGGACUGAGAGAUUGGAAAGAAACUUCACCGUUUCUGCUGUAAUUUUUAAGAAAUAUGAGCCCAUUUUUCAGGACAUUUUUAAGUACCCUCAGGAGGAGCAGCCUCGGCAGCAAAGAGGAAGGAAGCAGCGGCGACAGCCCUGUACCGUGUCUGAAGUUUUCCACUUUUGUUGGGUGCUUUUUAUAUAUGCGAAAGGCAAUUUCCCCAUGAUUAGUGAUGACUUGGUCAACUCUUACCAUCUGCUGCUGUGUGCUUUGGACUUAGUUUAUGGAAAUGCCCUGCAAUGUUCCAAUCGCAAAGAACUUGUGAACCCUGAUUUUAAAGGCCUGUCGGAAGACGGCCAUGCUAAGGACUUCAAGCCUUCCUCCGACCCGCCCUGUGUCAUCGAGAAGCUCUGCUCCCUACACAAAGACGGCCUCGUGCUGGAAGCGAAGGGCAUAAAGGAGCACUUCUGGAAGCCCUACAUACGGAGGCUCUACCAGAAGAAGCUCCUUAAGGGAAAAGAAGAAAACCUUACAGGGUUUCUAGAGCCUGCGAACUUUGGAGAGAAUUUGAAAGCCAUCAAUAGGGCCUACGAGGAGCACGUUCUGACUGUUGGGAGCUUAGAUGAGCGGGUGUUUCUUGGAGAGGACGCGGAGGAGGACAUGGGGGCGCUCUCCAGGUCUCUGGGUGCCGGGCCGGGCGCGGAGCCUGCCGAGGGGGUGCCGAUGAAGACCAUCUUGCAGCAGCACUUGGACAAGUCUAAAGCACUUAGAAUCUCCACGCCGCUCACUGGGGUGAGGUACAUUAAGGAUAAUAGCAGCCCUUGUGUGACUCCGGUCUCUGCAGCCACACACAGCCUGAGCCGUCUCCACACCAUGCUGGUGGGCCUCCGACACGCACCCAGUGAGAGGCUGGGGCAGAUCCUGAGGAAAUGUUCUAGAGAUCCAACCCAGGCUAUUGCCAACAGAUUGAAAGAAAUGUAUGAAAUAUAUUCUCAGCAUUCCCAGCCAGAUGAGGAAUUCAGUAAUUGUGCUAAAGAAAUUGCCAGCAGACACUUUCGUUUUGCAGAGAUGAUUUACUAUAAAGUAUUAGAAUCCAUUAUUGAGCAGGAACAAAAGAGACUGGGAGACAUGGAUUUAUCUAGCAUUCUGGAACAAGAUGCAUUCCACAGAUCACUCUUGGCCUGCUGCCUCGAGGUUGUCACUUUUUCUUAUAAGCCUCCUGGGAAUUUUCCAUUCAUUACCGAGAUAUUUGAUGUGCCACUUUAUCACUUUUAUAAGGUGAUAGAAGUAUUCAUCCGAGCAGAAGAUGGCCUCUGCAGAGAGGUGGUGAAACACCUCAAUCAGAUUGAAGAACAGAUCUUGGAUCAUCUGGCCUGGAAGCCAGAGUCUCCGCUCUGGGACAGGAUUAGAGAGAAUGACAACCGAGUCCCUACCUGUGAAGAGGUCAUGCCACCGCAGCACCUGGAAAGAGAUGACAUGUGUAUGGCUGGCACCCCUUUGACUCCCAGAAGAGUGAGUGAAGUUCGUGCCGAGACUGGCGGGCUCGGAAGAAGCAUCACCUCUCCAACCACAUUAUAUGAGAGGUACAGCUCCCCAACUGCCAGCUCCACCCGAAGACGGCUCUUCGUCGAGAACGACAGCCCCUCUGACAGGGGAGCACCCGGGCGCGGGCCCCCACAGCCCCUGGUCAGUGCUGUCCCCGUGCAGAACGUGCCUGGGGAGGCGGUUCCUGUCACACCAGUUCCUGGACAGACUUUGGUCACCAUGGCAACAGCCACGGUCACAGCCAACAAUGGACAAACUGUGACCAUUCCUGUACAAGGUAUUGCCAAUGAAAAUGGAGGGAUAACGUUCUUCCCGGUCCAAGUCAAUGUUGGGGGGCAGGCAUCAGCCGUGACGGGCUCCAUGCCGCCCCUCAGUGCCCAGGCCCUGGCUGGGAAUUUGAGCUCUCAACAGGUGGCAGGAACCACCUUGCAAGUCCCGGGGCAGGUGGCCAUUCCGCAGCUCUCCCCGGGGGCACAGCAGAAGCAAGGCCCCCCCUUACCCAGCGGCAGCGGCAGGCCCAGGAAGACCAGCUCCUUAUCGCUGUUCUUUAGAAAGGUUUACCACUUAGCAGGUGUCCGCCUGAGGGAUCUUUGUGCUAAGCUGGAUAUUUCAGAUGAGCUAAGGAAAAAAAUCUGGACCUGCUUUGAAUUCUCCAUAAUUCAGUGUCCUGAACUCAUGAUGGACAGACACCUGGACCAGUUGUUAAUGUGUGCCAUUUAUGUGAUGGCAAAGGUCACAAAAGAGGACAAGUCCUUCCAGGACAUUAUGCGUUGUUACAGGACUCAGCCACAGGCCCGGAGCCAGGUGUAUAGAAGUGUUUUGAUAAAAGGGAGAAGGAAAAGAAGAAAUUCUGGCAGCAGUGAAAGCAGAAGCCAUCAGAAUUCUCCAACAGAACUAAACAAAGACAGAACCAGUAGAGACUCGAGUCCUGUCAUGAGGUCCAGCAGCACCCUGCCUGUCCCACAGCCCAGCAGCGCCCCUCCGACACCCACCCGCCUCACAGGCGCCAACAGUGACCUGGAGGAGGAGGAGAGGGGAGACCUCAUCCAGUUCUACAACAAUGUCUACGUCAAACAAAUUAAAACAUUUGCCCUGAAGUACUCACAGGCCAACGUGACGGAGGCCCCUCCGCUGUCUCCCUACCCGUUUGUAAGAGCAGGCUCCCCACGCCGGGUGCAGCUGUCUCAGAACCAUCCCGUCUACAUCUCCCCGCAUAAACACGAAAUCGUGUUUUCUCCUCGAGAAAAGAUUUUCUACUACUUCAGCAACAGUCCUUCCAAGAGACUAAGAGAAAUUAACAGUAUGAUACGGACAGGAGAAACUCCAACCAAAAAGAGAGGGAUUCUUUUGGAAGAUGGAAGUGAAUCGCCUGCCAAAAGAAUUUGCCCAGAAAAUCAUACUGCCUUAAUACGCCGUCUCCAAGAUGUAGCUAAUGACCGAGGUUCCCACUGAGGUUAGUCUGUUGUAUUGAAACUCCUUUCACAAACUGUUUAACAGCAUCAUUUAAUGCAUGCUAGAUUAUGGGGCUCUUUUCCUUACUCUUUCCAAUAUCCUUAUUUUUACUCAUCCCAUCUGCCUUUUUCCUACCACUCAGUGCUUGCCGUCAAGGCUGCUUAGAAACCGGUCUGGGAUUUGUUAACUCUUUGGCAAAGCUUUUACAGGUAUUGUAGAGAACAAAGCAUGCGGUCUCUGCUGACCCUCCAGCAGAGGGCUGUUUCAGUCCAUUCCUACCCGUUUGUGGUCUGCUCUGGCGCUCCUGAAAAGCAACACAAAAACUAGGUAUUCUGUCCUAAAACACUUGGUAGGAGUGUGAGAAUUUUGCAUUUUUGAAACUUAACAAGGGAGAGGGCCCAAGCUCAGAUGGCCCGCGUCUCCCGGUCCCUGUGUGUCCUUCCCUCCCGUAGGUGUGGUGCAGCGUGGCAGGUGCUUGCGUGUUUGGUGUGUGGUGUGCGUGAGUUGUGUAAUAAGUGGCACUUUUGGGCUGUAAAAAGCAUGAUUUCGUAAUCCAGGUUUUGCUGUAUAUUGUGAUGGCACUUUCUACAAUGUGAACUUUAUUAAGUACAAAACUGCUAGGCUAAACACUCAACAUCCUCUUUGAUGCUUUUUGUACGUUUUUAGAACUGUUAAAGCCCCAGUAGCCACCUUUGGGGCACACGUAUUUUAAAUUUUCCAGGUCUCCCCCAACCCCCUAUUAAUAGGGAUCGGCUGGCUGAGUGAAGAUUUUUAAAUCAAGUUGAAUUAAGGAAAUUAAUAUGAAAAAUUAUGGCCACUUUAGGAGGUAGUUUUCCAAAAGACAUGUGUCUACUAAGGUGAUACAUUUUAAACUAUCUUUUGGUAUGUUCCUGGCAGUUUAAAAAAGGAGUUUAGGUUUUCAGUGAGUACAUAGUACCAGUCAUACAAAUUAGAAAAGGUUAUUUAGCAGCUAUUGAAGUAUCUAUAUAUAACUUUAUUAAUCAGUAUUGUUCCAGCAGUUUUUAAGUUGACUGAAUAAUAUUAGGGAGAAAAUUCAAUUGUAAAUUGAAUCAGUAUAAACAAAGUUACUAGGUAACUUCAUAAUGCUCUGAAAGAAAUAUGGAACUUUAAUUACACUGUUCAGUUAGAAUAGUGUUCUGCAAAAAUAUUUAUAAAACCUCUCCAGAUACUUACUGCUACUGUAAUUUUAUAUGAAAAUAAGUGUAUUUUUCAAUAAAGCAUUUAUAAAUUAAUCUUUGUUCAGUUAUACUGAGAAAAGGGUAUUUAGUUUCCUGCAUAAAUGACAAAGAACCAUCAUUUAUUGGUUUAUUUUGUCUCUACAAAACACAUUAGUCAUUCAUCACUUAAAUAUUUGACUUCAUUAGAAACUGUUCUAACACUUUUUCUCCCUCCUGCCAUAAAAAUACAGUAAGUAAUUUGCUUUAAAAAAAA